AUUCUGCCAUAAACAGCUAGCGCAAGACGUGACACCAUACUCAACCAAUCGCGCGUCACAUCAUUAGCCGAAUGCAUGCGUCAACAUCAACCCUCUAUCCCGGUAGACCAUCUACAUAGUAAGUGUCACGGGCAGUGCACAAGCAUCAGAUUUACAGGCAGAAAAACAAAAUAAAGAAGAACUGGAGGGGACAAGUCAGAUUGAACGGCGACGAUAAUGUCGCUGGACGAUCACUACCCAACAUCAUGUCCGUUCUGCGGCAUCGCAUCCGCAUACCCUGCACCGCCAUCAUCGGCCUCAACAUCCACAUCACUUGCCCAAUGCAUUCCAACGGAAGAAGCAUCCUCACCAGACGAACUUACGCCCGCCGCUUUCGUCGUCUUCUCUGCGCCUGAGGUAAUCGCCUUCCUCGACAUCAUGCCCAUGGCACGUGGACACCUGCUUGUGGCGACGCGACGGCACGUGGAGAAGGUAGGGCAGUUGGAUGCUGCGAGUGCCGGAGAAAUUGGCCGCAUUCUUCCCCUUCUCAGCACUUCAUUGAUUGCGACUGUGUCUUGCACAGACUAUAACAUUGUGCAGAAUAAUGGUGCUGCUGCUGCGCAGAUUGUGCCGCAUAUUCAUUUCCAUAUCAUACCGCGAAAUGCGUCCACACAUGUCCCAGAGAUGCAGGCGAGAAGCUGGACUAUGUUCGGGAGGGGUCAGAGGGCAGAGUUGGAUGAGGAGGACGGGACGGUGUUGGCAAGGCAGAUUAGAGAGAGGCUGAGAGAGGAAGUGAGGAGAACAGAGCAAAAGGGGAAGUUAUGAGAAUGCUAAGGGGAGAUUCGGGUCGUAGACAAUGCACUGUAUAUGAUGCACCUGUUUCCAGAUGCGUAAAGGACCAUGCGAAUGGGUUAC